CCAUACCUGACCAAACAAACAAUCCCUCUCUCUUCUUCUUCUUCUUCUUCUUCUUCUUCUUCACUUGUUGUAAUAAAGUUUGCAAAGUUGCGUGAUGGAAGUUAAUAAUAUGGGUUUAUUGGGUACUGCUGGUGGGGGUGGAGGAGGAGGGUCAUCUGGGGGUUCGACAAAUGGUGGGUCUAUGUCGACGGUGUCCAUGGAUGACAACCUCGUCUUGACUUCUGAAGAAUCUUCUUCCUACCCACACCCAGAUGAGUCUGAGCUCCAGUUGGGUCUUGGCUUGAGCCUUGGUGGUGGUGGUGGUGCUUUGAAGUCUAAAUCAUCAUCCCUGACCCCAAACCCAACACCCCGAUGGGGUCAAUAUGCCAGGAUCUUGACUGCUCAAGACUUCCCUUCUAUGAUGCCUUCAAACCCUUCUUCUUCUUCUUCUAAUUCCCCUUCCCCUUCCCCUUCUUUGUCAUCAUCAUCAUCUUCUUCUUCUUCCAUGACUAAAGCUAAUUUCUCCGCCGGCACCAAGAGAAGUGCUGAUUCUGUUGCACCAUCACCUCCUAAUGGUGGUGUCAGCCGUCAAGUUGUGGGAUGGCCUCCUUUAAGAGCUCAUAGGAUAAACAGCAUGGUGAACCAAACAAAAUUACCCGCCAACGAAGAAUUUCAGUCCACAGUAGAGAAAACUAAAAGCAAGAAUGGUGUGGUAGAUAUGACUAACAGCGGCAUCCAUGAGAACAAGAACAAUGUUAAGGAGAAAAGGCAGCUGAAGACUUCACUGUUUGUGAAGGUGAAUAUGGAUGGAAUUCCAAUUGGAAGGAAGGUGGAUUUGAGUGCUCAUAACUGCUAUGAAACCUUAGCACAAACAUUGGAGGAUAUGUUCUGUAGACCCACCAGUGUGAGACGACCAAGCAUGGAGGCGCAUAAUAUAAGGACAGAAGCAACUGGACCUCCCUCAAAGUUAUUGGACGGAUCAUCUGAGUUUGUGCUCACCUAUGAAGACAGAGAAGGAGAUUGGAUGCUCGCUGGCGAUGUUCCUUGGGGGAUGUUUCUUAGCUCCGUGAAGAGACUUAGAAUCAUGAGGACAUCUGAGGCUAAUGGACUCGGGACAAGAUUGCAAGAAAGGAAUGGGAGACUUAAGUAAACCCAUCUAGAUUAUAUUUCCAUCCAUAGUUUCAGUAAGAAGAACAUAAGCCGGCACUUGACGAGUGAAAACACAGGAGAAAUAGAGAAUACUGCGUGAUCUAAGCAUUUUGUUUAAGUAAUGACUGAUCGGAUCCUCUAUGGUUGAUAUGUUUCUUUUUUGCUAAUUUCAAUAUUUGUUUGCAUAUAUUCUUCACAUAUUAUUCAUCCAUCCUCUGGGAUCGCCUUUUGUCCAGAUGCGGCAAGCAUCUUAGUUAUCUGUGUUACAUACACAUGCAUACUACACCAAAAGUUGCUUUCUGAUGUUGUAAUUACCUGAUGCUUUAUUGAUAUGGUUUUUGAGUUUGCUGCACUCUGAAAUGCAUUCUUUAA